AUCACUACACACCGGUCUCUUCAACCAAAAAUAUUGUCAAGUUAUUUUAAAAUAUGGAUCUAUAUGAUCAAAAUAAACUAAGUGAACAUUUAAAAAAUAUUUCAAGCAAUCUCACAAACCAUGUAUCCCUCACCGAUAUUCCUGCAGACGACAUUAUUGCAACAUCUGUCAUUGGAAUCCUGCUGUCUGUAAUGUGUGUUACUGGAGUUGUUGGAAACUUUUAUACUUUAGUGGUAAUGUGCAUCUCCAUGACGACAGCCACAUCAAUGUACAUUCACAUAGUCAACCUGGCAUUGGCUGAUCUUCUCUAUCUUUCCACUAUCCCAUUUAUCGUUCACAAUAGCUUUGUAAAGGAUUGGUAUUUUGGAGAAGUUGGCUGCAGAGUCCUUUUGAGUUUGGACCUUCUGACAAUGCAUGCCAGCAUUUUUAUCUUAACCAUAAUGAGUACAGAGAGGUAUAUUGCUGUGGCUAAGCCUUUUGAUACAAUGAGAAGGUCACAAAGUUACAGAAAAACCCUAGCAUGUGCAAUCUGGAUUUUGUCCUUCCUGCUUACAUUACCCAUGAUGUUGAUGAUACAUCAGGAAGAAAGGAUCUUGGAUAGUGGAAGCGUCAGAAAACUAUGCACACCCACAUGGAGCGAUGAACAUUAUAAAGUCUAUCUUACCGUGUUGCUCACUACCAGCAUCCUUGCCCCAGGGGUUAUUAUUGGCUAUUUAUACAGUAAGUUGGCAAGAGCCUACUGGAUCUCACAGACUAAAAGUCUCCUAAAUAAAGAACUUCAAAGAUCGCCAAAACAAAAAGUAAUACUAAUGAUUUUCAUCAUUGUACUUGCAUUUUGGGCCUGCUUUCUGCCAUUUUGGAUCUGGCAGUUAAUACCCCUCUACAGCCAUGGGGGGUUGAAAAUGUCUGUUCAGACAGAAAUCUAUGUCAACAACUUAGUUACAUGUCUCACAUAUGGCAAUAGCUGCAUUAACCCCUUCUUGUAUACGUUGCUUACCAAAAAUUACAAAGAAUAUAUCCGCAACAGGCAAAAGGGAGGGCAUGGAUCUCUAAGUCUGAAGAGUGGAGCAGGUUAUCCAGAAAAUGUUGCAAAGAGGACAGUGUCUGGGGAAAGCCUGCAAUGCACAGAGCCUAUGAUAGUAAGCACUGCAAAGGUAGCAACUCCAAAUCCAUCAGAAAUUAUAGGUAUUAUUGUCAAGUAAAAUAAAUAUCAUACAGUACUUAAAAAUACUCCAAUAACUACUAAGUAUGAUGUCA